AUGAGGAAACCAGAUACAUCACGGUCGUUUCCUUGGUCCCUGCGACGUAGCACUUCACCAGACUCCCUCAACCUUACCCGCCAAAGCCUAAACCAGCGUGCACCAGAGGAUACGUCUUACCGGCCAAGAGAAAGCUUCCUCGGCAGUUCGGGGGCCAGUGACUCAACACGAAACUUGAGAGACAGAGAAAGCGGCUCCAAGGACUACAAGCGCGUGUCUACGAACGAGAAAGGAUCUGCCGGCGCCAAAUUUCCCAAGCACAAUGUUUCCACGUGGACCGCUUUGGCAGACGCCGCUGCAGUCAUGCUCCCGCUUGGUGUUCUGAUCUUCAUCAUAUUGGUCUGGCGACUACACGGUACUCGGACCGAGGAGGAGACUGACAGAAAGUGGCGGAACGCCAUCACUGUCCUUGCUACUAUUUUCCCGAUUCUUUUUGCUGCUGUUGUUGGAAGACUAAUGGCUGAAGCUGCCCGAUGGAGACUCGAAAAAGGAUCCAGUGUCGGCAGCCUGGAACAAUUGAUGGGAAGCCGUACUGUUGGCGCCACUCUGCAUACUAUGAUUGAAUUCCGCACAGUCAACCUACUCGGAUUCGGUCUGAUCUUUAUCUGGGCAUUCUCACCUCUCGGGGGCCAGUCAAUCCUACGAAUGCUGUCCUCGAGAUUCAUACCCGAGUUCUCGACUACGGAUCUAACUUAUUUCGAUACCGGCGCCAAUAAUCAACUCAAUACCUUGCCUGUGGCCAGUACCGCGUCCAUAGUAGCGAUAGCCAAUGCUGGUGUUCUCGGGUACUUGGCAACAGUGUAUGCCUCAUUCGUUGCCCAGCCUGACUCCAUUCAGGUCGAUACGAUGGACCAUUGGGGAAACGUCAAGAUUCCCUUCCUGGACCAAAAUGCGCCCAGCAACUGGACAGAGAUUUCUCACAAUUCUCAAGAGGUUCAAUACUCGUCUUUGGCUGGGAUCCCUCUCAAAUACUCAACCAUUGGCAACGUCACAUUCGCGGUCGAGAGUAGCUACGUCCAUCUCGAUUGCAACAACAUCACGAAGUUUCCAAUCAGCUUUCCGCAGGAUAACAUGACGAACAUUACGAGUGGAUUCUGGGCCAAUAGUCAUACAUAUAGUGACAACAUUCUGAAGGCCCCCAACGGGACGUGGCGCGGGGUCAAGAAUCACGUCAAUAACACACAAAACCUAACGACUUGGGCCAUUGCGCUUGACCGAUUUGUCGACCCAUUCUGGGCAGACCAGGAAGUUCAAAAUGCUCGAUUGGUUGAGAAGCUCAAUACCACCGACGUCAGAGCAGACAUAAGGGACGGGCUGAGACUGUUUGUGAAUGAGACGGGCAUCGAGGCUGGCGAGGCGAACUUGCUUCUUCAGAUCAUCAUCCCUAGUAUCAAGCCUACUCGGACGCCUGAAACCAAACUCGAAGCUGUCUGUGGUGUGACACAGAGAUACGUGGAGUCUCGUGUGAAUUGCACGUAUGUGCCCACUUCUGGUCGUCACGCCUGUGCGGUAGUUGCACAGCGGCCAUCUCAGCAGCCGCACGCUCCUGAGGCCAUCUCGAUUCUCUCUCUGCCACAUCUCUUCUAUUACAUUUCGAAAGAAUUCCCUCUAGCAGCAACAGGCCGGCCCCUUGGGGGGUUUCCCGACUUUUCGAUCCAGUACUUGAAGGAUCCGACAUUUAAAGAGCUUAGCUCGUCGCCGGACGUCAGCCUUGAUGAUCUCCCGGACGACAAGAUCGGGAUCCGCCUAAACCAACUUCUCAACACGUAUCUGAUGCUCAGUCAACAAGAGCUCCAGAUUACUAGCAGUACUUUGGGUCAGACGGCAAGCUUUGAACCGAACAUCACGAUCUCGUCAGAGGUCAGUAAUCUCGUCGAAGUAUUCCAGGUAUCGGGCCUGUGGAUUGGGUUUUGCCUUCUUUCAUGUCUCAUUCUUCUCGCAUGUGGCAUUUUAAGCGUCGUAUUCACACACUUGGCUCAUGGCCCUGAGGUGCUGGGGUACGUCUCAACCUUGGUUCGUGACUCGAAGUUUAUGGACCUGCUCAUGAAUACUAGUUGGAUGGAUGGCACAGAGCUCACAAAGGAGCUGAGAUCACAGCGUAUCAGAUACGGAUACACGCAUCAUACCAUGGGCGGAGAACCAUUGAUGGGUGUCGGUUAUCAAGCCGAUACGGAGCAGAUCAAGGACUUCAUCGCUCGUUAUCAGGAUAGGUAG